AUGCACAUGCAUCGUGGCUCUGGUUAUGACACUAGCAAUCUACAAAAAUCAAGGAAAGAGUUGUAGUGCGAAAACUUGACGCCAUUGCGAUGCCAGCCAAGGGAUUUUAGACGAAUGGUAACGUGACUGAGUAAUUUAGAGAGACAUAAUUCUAGAGCGAGUGAGAGCAAUUAAUACCUCCGAACUCGAGAUCCCUUCAAGUGGGGAACCUCGGUAUUUUAAAGGCCAUGGUGAACAUCACUUGGACACGGUCAUCACCUUGGUAUUUUAAGAAUUGGGCUAGCUUGUUGAUAUGCUAAGGCCAUAAACCUGUUGAGUUGGCUACUUCCGAGGUCGUGGGCCUGUUGGCCUCUCGAAGGGGCCACGGCUCAUAGAGUGGCUGCCUAGGCUGUGGGCAUGUGUUGAUGGCGGUUGCUUAGAGCCUUAGACCAUGGGUCUAUUGGGCUCUUGCAGGUCGUGGGCCUGUAAUAUCGACUACCCAAGCCAUGGGCCUAUUGGGGUUUUCUUAGCCGUGGGUCUAUGAAGUCUUCUAGGCCGUGGACAUGUUAUGCUGACUUGCUGAGGAUGACAUUGAUACUGAUUUAAAGCCCGUACAACCACUGGGCCAACACUAUAAGCGUACAAAUUUUUAAAGCACAAAGAGGAAGAACAAACCAAGGGGCUUAAGCCCAAAGUCAUGCCCAGCAGGUUCAAGCCCACUUUAAACAAACUUGCAACUCUAUCGGACCCGAGUCCGCAGCAGCCCAUUUUGCCAAAGUCGGCCCAUUAUUUUUUUUUAUGGAUAGCGUACCAUGGACUCUCUCUUCUGCGUAUAUAUAACGCGCGUUCUUCCGAUUUCUAGCGGUUAUAUAUUUUGCUCUUCUUCUUCCUUCAAACCAAAUUGAAGUCGGUUUCUCUUCUCUGUUGAGGUAUUGUAUAUGACAACCGUUCUUCCUGAUUUUACUGCUCCUGCCGCCGCAAGAAUGAUACAAGAUUUUUGCACGGAACGCCAUCUGUUUGGAGGCGCGAUUACAAGUACAUUGCCGAUAAGGUUUCAGGAUCUGAGCAACGUUCGUCAAGUUCCUGAUCAUCAGGAGGUGUUUGUGGACCCCGCUCGAGAUGAAAGCUUGAUAAUCGAGCUACUGGAUUUCAAACAUGAAGUUGGAGAUGUUGGAAGUGCAGCCUGGUUUCUCCAGGACCUUGCAAAUGAACAGGAGGCCGAAGGUUUCACGAUGAUAGAGCAUUCAGGAGUGGUUGAGGUCCCUGGAUUGUGUUACAGGAAUAUGCCCGCGGUUGUUACCACCGCAGUUGGCCAAAUGGCGAUUUCUAAGGGACGACAGCGAAUGAAUGCCCAGAAUAUUGUCAGGUUGUAUCUGGCAAAUCUGCGACUUAAGGAAGUUGCGACGGAUGUGCUAAUAACUGCUUAUGAACCUAUCUUAAUAAACCCUUUAAGUGAAAGUGCUAGUUCAGUUGGUCCUGGUUUAGCUGUUCCUGCAGCACAGUCUGGAUUCUUAUCAAUGGCUGAGGUAUUCAAACUUGCCGUUUCUACCUUCAAAGUCAACAACUGGAGCCUUUUUCAUCCUGCUGCGCUUAAGAAAUGCUUUUCGGGCCAACUCUAGCAUGAAAAACAAGGUUCAUUGCCUCAAUAGACUGUUUUGUAUUAUUAUGAGCAGGUGUGAGGACCUUUUUGUUUUUUCCCCACGGUGACAAUUGUCCGAAUUCCAGUACUUUCUGGUGCUGUAGACGUAAUUCACUUGGAUAGGUUAUGAGUAUGAUCCUUAUCCUGCAACAAAAGGAAAGGACACUGCCCAUAAGUUUUUCUAGAGAUCACAUAAAUCAUGCUUGUAUUGCGCGCUGCGCCAUUUGCUCAGUGGUUUUCUGCGAGACUGAAUUGCAGAAUUGUCGACUUUCCAUAAGUGCAUAAAUAUGAUUGUUUUA